AUGGCAUCAACCUCCAAACAAGAGAAGAAAAAGAAGGGCGAGAAAUCAUUCAAAACGAAUAAAAAGCAAACAACAACAAUAGCCGCUGCUAGUAAUUAUGAUAAUGAUGAUGAUGAUAAUGAUGAUGAUGAUUGUGCACCAAAACUCUUGUUGGACCAUGAAACACGUCAAUUGCGAAAGCUCAAGUCGCUCUACCAAUCCUGCAUUUUCAAGGCCGAUGCCAUGGCGCUUCAAAAAUCACAAGGGCACUCCUCCUCGCCAGAGCCUGUGGAUGUCAUGCAACAACAACAACAACAAUUGGUAGAAAAAACCCUUUGUCAACCAAAGCAUUCCUCACUCAAGACUUGGGUGGAACUCCAACAACAAAUGUACGAUUGUGGCAUCAUGUCUGACAAGCAGCAAGACGCCCUUUGGAAUGCUGGUGUUGAUUUGGUGGCUCGGAGUGAGAGUAGCAAAGAACGUACUACUAGCAAAGAAACAAAGGCAAAAGCAGAAAUCCCAACCAAGGCCACUUUGGCCGUAGCAGAUGACACUGCAGCCGAUUGGCAACAACACGAGCAACCCAUUGCAGUAGUUGUCAAACAACAAGAUGGGACCAUUGAAGACAAGUUUCUUUUUAGUCCUGAAACCAUUCGGGAGAAGGUGGGAUCCCUCAAAAAGGAGCUUUUGGAAGAGAAUCCCUUUUGCGAGACGACGAUUUGCUGUGAGAAGAACCUAAAGAGAAAACGGCUCAACAACAAGAAGAAUAAGAACAAGAAGAAAGAGAAAAAGAAUCGCUCUCAAGGUAGUAGUAGUAGUAGUACUACUACUAAUACUUCUUCUUCCAAACGAGCCAAAACGAACAAGGAGGAGGCGGCAAGAAUAUCACCUACUACUACUUCUACAACUACUGCUACGACUGGCGAAUCAUCCGCCACCACCACCACUACUACUUUUCAGGCAGCUCCAUCCGAAGCGGCCAAACGCAAACGCACCCAUCCCAAACAACCCAGUACAGUCAUGGUAGGGGAUACUAUUUGGGUACAUUACGAGGAUGACGAUUGGUGGUACAAGGGUCGCGUCCUUGCUUCUACCCAAAAUUACAAUGCCCAGUCGAAUCAUCGUCAGGGAUUGGUGACCGUCCAGUGGGAAGACGACAAGUACAAUGAUAGCCAAGAAGCAUUGGACGUGAAUAAUAAUGGAGAUGCCUAUUGUUGGGGAGUGGACAAUGAUCCAAAUGCCAAUUUCAACCAAGAAAAGGAAGAACUUGUUUCGACCUUGAACAUUGGCUGCCAAUUGUCGAUUUAUUGGCCGGCGGAACAAGAAUCCUUUCCAGGUACUCUGACCAAAAUGGACAAGAGUCGCAAGGAAAAGGAUAUUCAUUAUAUUGAAUACGAAGAUGGGGAUUGUGAAUGGUUGAAUCUAAAUCAACGACGCUUCACGAUAUUGAAUUAUGAUGAUAAUAAUGAAGAGGAAUGA